AUGGAUCCGCUCGACCUCGUUGGCAGUUGGGCCAGUGUCAUGAUGGACAGAGCCUCACAGUGCAGGACCCGAUGGCUGCAAGCCAGAAAUAUCCAGGAUGACAGCGUGAGGACUGCCAAUCUUCUUGUCGCCACGGACUGUUCAGGAGCAGACGCUCCUAUGUUCGCACUGGAAGGAUUGAACAUCAGAGUGAAACAGAUGUUCGCUUGUGACGUGGCCUUGCACUGUCUUCGCUUCCUCGACUUCAGAUCAGUGUCAAGAGGUCAAGACCCAGACCUUUACAGCAACAUGCUCAAGCGUGACCAUGAAUCCUUGAAGGACAUCAAUGCCUACUACUGCGGGUUCCCCUGCAAGCCUUGGAGCACGUUGAACAACUUCUCGAAGUAUUUCGAGAGCCCUGACUUCCUUCCUUUCAAGGAAAUGAUCACUGUGAUGGUGACAAAGAGACCUGGCUUUGCGGUGUUCGAGAACGUUGAAGGCCUUUUGCCGUUCAUCGAACAGGUGGCAUGGUUCUUCCGCGACUUGAAAGGUUACGUGGUGCUGUAUUUUCGCCUGUGUCCCACGAUGCUAGGGCACAGUGUGAGGCGACAGCGGGUGUACUUCGUCGCGCUCCGCAAGGACCUCCUCAUCGUCGACGACACACAGUCCCUUUGCCAACUGGGCCAGGAAAUCCUCAGAGUGAUGCAUCGACCAUUGCAGGCCACGCUGCUUGAGCGUCUUCUCCGUCCAGGGCAUCCGCUGCUCGAAACGUACAAGGAACCGAAGCCCAAAUGCCCUGCACCUCGCCCACCCAAGCUGAAGAGGAGACUGGUUGUAAAAACAACAGUGGAGAAGUGGAGAUGUGAGCACAAGCGCAUCCGUGAGGAACUUCGUGGUCAGCGUGAGGCACAGUGCCUGGACGCAAACACGGAUGGAUGGAGUGAGCGUGCUAAAGAUGUUCUGCAACUGGCCUGGGAUCGUCAUCGCAAGAGUGACAUGUGUAUCGACGUUAGCCAGUCCAUCCAAAGGUCGAAGAUCUCCUUUGGAGGUUACAUUCCAUGUAUAACCCCUGGAGCAUGCAUCUACUCAGUCGCAGCCAACAGGGUGAUCAGCAGUGUUGAGGUCAUGCUGCUGCAAGGCUUUCCUUUGCACGAAUUGGAGGAGAGAGUACCAGUGUCAUGUUCAGCUCUGAAGAAAUUGGCAGGCAAUUCCAUGCAUGUGGAAGCCGUGGGGGCUGCCUCGUUGGUCGCUUUGAGUCUCCUGUGUGUUGCAGAUCUCAAUCGCGGCUUCAAGGGUGACAGCAGUGAGUGCGACGAGGAGGAGGGCGUUCUGCUGAACAUGAUGGAUGGAGCUGUGGUAGUGCCAGUGUCACCUGAACUCAGGCCAAAGAUAAAAGAAUCAAAGAAUAGAGUGAAGUCGAAGAAGUCCAAAGGUAGGGCUGCCAAGGCAAAAGCCAAGGCCAAAGCCAAGGCCGGAGCCAAGGCCAAAGCCAAGGCUAGGCACAAGAAGAUAAAACGUGGCAGCAAGAGUGUGCAGCCCAAGACUCUCAAGACCAGCAAAGUCUGGUUGAAGAAGAAGAGUCAAUUGAAGCGUUCAGAUUCCGGGUGGGGAAGGCGAAUGGCAUUGCACAGAGCUUACUCUGUGUAUUGA